AUGUCCUCCUCAUCCUCAAAAUAUCUCACCGCUGACAGCCAUACUACAAGUCGAAUACCUGUUAAAUCUGCCUCAACAUCAUUACCCAGACGAACAUUGGCUACUUCCACAUCCACCAACACUACUAUAAGCAGUAGACAAAAGACAACCAUCAUCCCAGCAACACCAACGUUGAAGCCAUCAAAGAGCAACAUUAAACAGAGAGCGACAACAACACCUCAGGUUCAUAGAAGGCGUACUUCAUCGACAUCUUCCAAUGCGUCUUCAGGCAGUAAUUGGCUCACGAGCAUAUUUAGUUCCAACUCUACGCCCAUGACCAAAAAGAAGAGAGUCAAAAGUGUCAUCAAGCUAUCAGUUGAAAAGGAUAGUUGCGAUUGGCAAUUAGAAAACGAUCAGACAUUGCGUUACUUGGGGCCAAAAUCAAACAAAAAGUUUGAAUUCGAUCAUAUCUUUAGGGCAUCAUCCACAAAUCGCCACUUGUUUGAUACAAGUGUGAAAUCUACGGUCCAAGAUGUUAUGUUGGGAUUGAAUGGUACAGAUUUGGAAUAA